UAAAAUUAUUAUUUCCCACCAAGUUCUAGUUAGCGCCUAGAGGCUGUAUAUUUCAUGACCAUGCUGUAUCGCAGAGAUCGUUUAACAGCAACAACAUGAAUGACACAAUUACACCCAGCUUUAUUGUCCCAAUAACCCGGUCGGAUUUCAAUCUCAAUACAUCUAACGUUGCUGGAUUCUUCGGUGGCGAUGAAGCGAUCGCUGCGAUGUCUACUGUCCAUCUCUAUCGUGGACGGCGCUGGCUGGGCUGGUAUAACUUGCCAGGAAGCUAUGCAGUCGCCAAAAAGUUCGGGCAGCUUUCAAAAUCAAGAUUCUGGGAUGGUCUUUUCCCUGGUCCAAAUCUCACACCCGCUGAGGUAUUUGGGCUAGAUGGAAAACCUGGCCCUCGUUAUUGGGGUGUUUUCUCGGGCACAGAGAUGGCCACAGGUCACCUGGCGUACCUUAUGGUACAGAAGACGAAAGACAUUGAUCCAGAGGCGGAAGUGGAAGGGAGGGAGACUACACCUUUGUCCGUCACCAUCGUCGAUGUCAGAGACGGUGUGGUGAAACACUUGGACCGGGCGCCUAUGAUGAGCAUCCAUCAUGCUCUCUUGGCCGCUGUUCCCAUUACUGUCAGUCUCGCAACAUGCGUAAUUUCUGCUCUUUCAGGAGAUGGGCUAGCAUUCGCCCUCAUCAUGUUAGGAAUCAUUUCAAACGGCAUAUCUUGCCUCGUGAUGGGCACCGCCCGACUCGAAUUUGCUUCCGUUAAGGAAGCCGCUCCGGGCGUACCGCCUGCAGACGGGAUACUCCUCAUGCGAACCGAUGUAGUCAUCCUCAGAGGUGCAGAGAAAGACAUCGAUCCGAUAACCAAAGGGAAUUUUGAUCUGAAAAUCACCGGCGGCCCAGAGUUUAGACGAAUUGGACUCUGCUCGCUUCUCCUCCUCUUUCAAUUCCUUCUCCAGCUCCUUCUUAUUCCCCAAGCAACGACGUUCGGGCAGAUCAUGUUCAUCACAUCGCUUGCAGCUUCAUGGGCAUACAACUCGUUUCUAGCGUCGCUGGAGCAGGAGAAGAUACAAACCGAUAUCCUGUUGAAAGCGCUUCAUCAUCCGCCCAUGUUGAAAAUUGCGUUGAAAAACAGAGCUGCUCAGGCAGUUUUUGCAUGUUUGGUUCUUAGCGAUGAGACCCGGAGGCCUCCUAAUUCUGAUUUCAAGCCAAAAGAGGUGUUGCAGUGUUUCAUCCCGAACGAAACAAGAGUAUGGAAUGCAUGGAGAAACAAGGUAGUGGAGGUACUGGAAAAACACGGGGAAGAAAAGUCGUUCGACCUUAACUCUAGCGAUCUGUCUGGGUUUAGAGAUGGCGAGAAGAAACUCCUGACGUCAUUGCUUCAUGACGCCCACAAUGCGUAUAGAGGCUAUCAAAAUCACAUACACAAGAUUCGAUCUAUUUCUUCGUCAAACGAGAAGCAAUUAUCUUAACCCGACAAUUAUGUUCAAACGUUCCGUGUUGUAUUAAAUACUUGUUGUAACAUAGAGGCCAUAAGUGCUAGUAUAAAUGAAUAUGUGAAGAUGGAA